CAUGCCAGUAGCCGGAUACUCAGCAUGUGUAGUGAUGUGUAAACCAAUUCUUAGAACAAAAUUGAAAAAUCAGGUAUUUGUUGCAUAUACCUAGCGAUAAUGUCGUUACAACAGCCUGCUCCAGAGGAUGCGCUUGAAGAGAAAGGACGAUUCUUUAUAGAACCUGAUAAAGAACACGACUGGAGCAAGGAUGACAAUGUUGAUCAUUACACACUUAUUUUACAGAAAGCCGAUACACUGGCAUCGGAAAAUCGUCUUAAAGAAGCCAUUGAUGUGUUCUCAAUGGCCUUGAGGUGUGGUGCUGUACGUCCGGGACAGUUAAAUACUUUAGUGGAUUGUAUCCUGCGCAACUUCAAGAAAAAGAUAGAGGAGAAUGAGACUAUUUCGGAAAGGAGGAAAGACGGGCCAGACAACACCCGGGGGAUAUUUGAUUGUCCGAGUUGUCACAGUUUUUUAGGUGAACCUGUCACAAUAGGCUGUGGACAUUCAUAUUGCAAAAGAUGUUUACAACACGACCUUCUGUCUAAAUGCAAGCUUUGUAGCGAGAACGUCAGAGGCAAGUCCGGUAACAUGAAGAUAAAUGUGAUUCUAUCCGGACUAUUGGACAAGUGGUUCCCCAACGACCUGAAAAUAUCUAAAGCUAUAAAUGAAAUUGAAGACUUGUGUAGAAGAAAAGACUUCGAUAAAGCAGUGUCACUUGCGACGAAUUUGAUACAAGAUGACAUGGGGGACAUGGUGGCGAGGUGGUUGCGGGCUGAGGCAUACUCAGGGUUAAGACAGUACCACCUGGCUCUGGAGGACACUGAGCUUUGUCUUGACACCGCCAACUCUGCACAGGGCUACUAUCAGAAGGCCAAGGUGCUCAAGCAGAUGGGCCAGGUAGAUGAGUCCCUCCAGGUGUUCCUCCACUGCCUGGCCUUGGAUGAGGGAUUCCCCAGGGCCAAGAGGGAGGUGGAACUGAUACUGUGCGACCUGCUGUCUCCGGGUGGGGAGAACGUCAAGGUGGGCCUGAAGGAGACAGCCUUGAACACCUCGCCUCACUUGCGCAGUAAAAGACUGGUGGCCGAUGCACAGUCCCAACAUCAACACCAGCCCCCAGCCCAGCACCACCCCCACCAGGGCCGGGCCACCUCGGCCCACUGCAACUGUGAUGCACAGGAGAAGCCGGGUCGCUCCGAGAGCCUGGAGCGCCCAGGCCUAAGCCGUGCCCACUCACUGCGAGGCCACGGGCCGGGCGGUGGGGAGGGGCUGAAGCGGGUGUGCUCCGCCCCCCAGCUGGGGGACCAGGAGAAGGGGGCGCUGCUGCUGAAGAGAAAGCUGUCCACCUCAGACUCAACACCCUGGGUGAUGUCCCACGGAGGCAGCAAGCACAAAAAACAAGUGGCGGGCGUAGUCACAGGGCGCCCCAUUGCAGCUGCCCCCCCCCGCAGCCCGAGGACCCUCCCCCGAGACUUACUGGACACCAACGACUUGGAGUGUUCCCUCUGCAUGAGGCUGUUCUAUGAGCCUGUCACCACACCCUGCGGACACACCUUCUGUAAGAACUGUUUGGAGCGCUGCCUGGACCACACACCCCAGUGCCCCCUCUGCAAAGAGAGCCUGAAAGAGUACCUGGCAACCAGGAAGUACAAUGUGACCAGUGUUCUGGAUGAGCUGAUCCAGCAGCACCUGAGUGAGGAGCACUCCGAGAGACAGAGGAUCCACCUGGAGGAGACCCGGGAGCUCUCUGAUCUGACUAAGAAUGUCCCCAUCUUUGUGUGUACCAUGGCCUACCCCACUGUGCCUUGCCCUCUGCACGUCUUUGAGCCACGCUAUCGACUCAUGAUUCGUCGCUGCAUGGACACGGGCACGCGCCAGUUUGGGAUGUGCAUCAAUGACUCCCAUAAAGGGUUUGUGGACUACGGCUGCAUGCUGAUCAUCCGUAGUGUGCACUUCCUGCCUGAUGGCCGCUCGGUAGUGGAUACCAUCGGUGGCAAGCGUUUCCGGGUUUUGUCCCGGAGCCUGAAGGAUGGCUACAGCAUCGCUGACAUUCAGUACCUCGAGGACACCAGGGUGGACGAUGCUGAGGAGCUCUCCAAGCUGCAGGAGCUGCAUGACUCGGUGUAUGAACAGGCCCGCUCAUGGUUCCAGAACCUCAAGAACCGCUUCCGGAACCAGAUCCUGCAGCACUUUGGGCCCAUGCCAGAGAGAGAACUUGACAUCCAGGCGACACCAAACGGCCCUGCCUGCUGUUGGUGGCUCCUGGCCGUGCUGCCUAUCGACCCCCGCUACCAGCUCUCUGUUCUCUCCAUGACCACGCUGAGAGACCGCCUGGUCAAAAUCCAGCACAUCCUCACCUACCUGCAAAGCAUCCCCAACGAGUAGAGCUUCUGGCUGACCUCUGACUUCCCCGCCUCAACCUGCCUGUCAACCUUCCCGUAGACCUCUGGAUUCUACCUAGACAAAAUGUUCCCUCAUCUACACUAUACCUGCCCUUAAACUCUCACGCUGGCAUCCAGCUGCUCUGGACAUGUCCCCAUGAUAUCUCGCCAACAGGUUGUUAGCGUGACAAUAUCACGACCAUCUCCAUGAUAACGGCAGGGAAACCAGUAAGAAGAUGACAGUAUCGCCCACACACCAGCUAGUAUCGUGUAUGCUUCCGUGGAGAACAAAUCCAAAAUGCUGAAACUAUUUCAAACAGACAAGGGGUUUAGUGGAGGUUGUGGGGACUGGCUGUGACUGGGAUGCAGAAUGGGACCUGUGAGCCAAGGUUUUGUGAUAGGUGUAAAAACCAAGUGCAAUGAGAAAUGGUCUUGGCUUCCAACAACACUCAAAGUGUUUGUCCUCCUCUGCCGAGCCUCCUUUCUCUGUCUAUCAUUGUCUCGCACGCACAAGCUUCUAACCACUACUGAAGUGUAGUUUGGUAGAGGACACCACUGUUUAAUUAAUAGAAAUCAGCCCAUAUUAACAUCAUUUAGGUUGUUUAAAUCAUCAACUGUUUCUUCCAAGCUGUCAAAUAAAGUGCAGCCUGUCUGCUAUUUAGUUUGACUUUAUUACUUAAUUGUAACAAUAGUCUGGCAACUUGCACUGACAAAUUAUUGUACUGCUGUUUAAACUGCAUAAACUCAAUGUCCAAACUUCCAAAAUUAGUACCAGUAUUUUUUUGUUGUUGUUGUUCCAGAAGUGAAGAAUAUUGAUAGCCUAGACCCUGUUAUACGUUUUGCUGGGUUUAGUUUCAAGACAGGAGUCCAACUCGUCUUCUCAGCCCAAAUGUCCAGCUUCCCACUUCAACCAAUGUUCACUGUCAUUUCUAAGGACUGAUAUAUCUAUAUAUUUUUGACUUGUGUUUGUAUGUGUAAAUCAAACAAACGGGAAUUUGCAAUAUUUUGACAAAUGGUAAAUGACAUAACUGCAUCCAUAUAGUACUUUGAUCUGCAUCCAUCAUAGCAAAGUUUAAAGAUCCUCCUUUAUUUUCCUUCCUUGAAAGAAGCUUUCUUUCUUUGUGGAGAGGAAUAAUGACUGUUGAAGGAUCCUGCCUGCUUGAAUUUGCAGACUAAUUUUGCCUUAUAUACCAUUUAAGCAUUUUGCUUUAGCGGCAUUAUGCGUUGGCUUGACUACCAUUCCUGUCGCCACACAGUAAUUACUUUGUUAUAGUUCUAAUUUUUCCUUCAGUUGCAUAAUGGCUCAAAUUGUUUCAUGUGUAAAAUGUAUCUCAAGUCUAUUUAUGUAAAUUUGUAAUUUCUUUAUUUGUAAAAAUACAAAACAAAGUUGUUGGGGUUUUUUUGACUGCUUUUUUGCUCGACUGUCUAAGUUAUCAAUUUUCAAUAAUAAAUGCACAUCUUUUUCA